AUGUCGAUGGCACCGCCUGGCACGUCAACGGGGAGAUUUCAUAUCAUCCUCGGAUAUAUCCCUCGCAAAAGAACCUGGCAAGAAUUGAAGGAUUUUGUACACCAGGCUGGUUUUCAAGUCGCACACGUCCAGAUCCAUGCGGGCCUGCACUCCGGCUGGAUCUGUGUUGACGGCGAGGACAACUUUUGGAGGCUCGGAGAUUGGCUUAAACAGGCCGAAUGGGACGGAAAUCGCUUCCAAGUGGACAUGAGAAACUAUGACCAAGAAACGCCUCUUGGUCCCUCGUCGUAUAUCCCGCUGGAAAGCCCGCGUUCUGCCCGAAGCUCUUAUUCAGUAGCAUCCAUUGCUCCCACGACUAGUAGUAUGAACGAAAAUUCCCAGUUUGCCUAUUCAUUUAAGCCGAUAAUGCAGAUAGCCACAACACAGGCAUACUCUUGUGGAACAAGCGCCCUCGGAUAUUCUGUGACAAGCCCACAGCAAUACUCGUUUGGGGGACCGGUUUCGCCCACUUACACAACAUCCUUCGUGCAACCAUUGAUGUAUGGCCGAGGUGGUAUCCAACAGCUCAACGCCACGCCCACAUAUCAGUAUGCAUAUGCGCCGUACCCCACCACGACAAGUGCCAUCGCAUCGCCCUCCUUCUCGCAACCAGCAGGCCCUCCGUCGCCACCGACCACCAUUCGCCUAGAAAACCGGCGUUUGUAUCUCACACGGACCAGUGGCGCCUCCAGUGAGAAAGAAAUCCGAAAGCGCGUGCUGGCCGCCUGUCACGCACCCACUACAAACCCAAUCGAAACAAUUGAGAUCCCAACACACGCGGAUGGGCGACAGAGGGGCCAUGCGCUGAUUCUUCUACAGACAGAGGAGCAGGCGCGCUUGGUGCGAGAGCGCCUGGAUGGGAUGAGCGUGAAAGGCUCGGACGGAAGGAAAUAUGCGCUUAAGGUCAAAUUUGCCCAGGAAGGUGCACCUGAGAGGGCGGAUGAGUUGGCUGUGAAGAUGGCGGGAUUGGGUAUGGGCUGCCAAGGCGCUGUUGAACAAGAUCUGGGGUCGCCUCAGGGUGUGGGAGCUAAUGGAAAAGGGAUUAUCGAGACAGGCGAAAUGUCACCUCCUGAAGAGACUGCUUAUGAGAGGGAGAGGCGCAGAAGUAGCCUCCCGAUUGCCAAUGGGAGCAGUUUGGUGCUCCCCGGGGCAGUAGGGCUAUCCAGUUCUGCUGUUGUGAAGAAUAGAUCGGAAUAUCGUGAAUCAUCGCGUAAGAAUGAGGUCAAAAGAGGGGAGGGGAAACAUUCCCACAAAGAUAGGGAUAGGGGGCAAGAGAGAAAGCACCAUGUCGCGUCGAGUGCAAAGGUGACCGAAGUAAUUAAUUAG